UGCCUCAGCUGGGCAGGAAGAAGAGGACCCAGCUUGGCUGGGGGCAGUGGGCAGGGGGCCCUCGGGUGGGCCAACCAGCCCUGGAUGCUGCCUCCAGCCUCUAUGUAGGGUACCUGCCAGCCCUCACCCCCCUCUUGGGCCAAUCACAGAAAGAACAAGGCAGAAGCCAAGAGAGAAAAGGAGGAGGCUUGGGAUAUCUGGCCAAGGGAGGGGAGGGUCACCGCCAGCCUGGGGCCUGGAAGCAGCACAGACAACAGCACCUCUCUACUGGGGCCGGCAGCCCUGAUCCCUAAAAGGCUGGGUAGACUCAACAUCCCAAGAGAUGAACACAUAAGCUCUGGCUCCUGCAGAAAGAUAACAGGGACUGGGAGGGGCUGGGACACACUGGGUCCAGCUUCACCGAGCCCUGUCCUGCCAGUGACAACGGAAUAGCAUGGAAUAGUCCAGAACCGGCCCAACCAGAGACAAAAGGCAAGAGGAUUCACCACAGCCUUGGGGAGAACACUGGGAUCUCCGAGCUGCCCUGUCCCCAUGGACUCCGCCCCACUGAGGCCAGCCAGCCAGCCCCACCCAGACGAGGGCCACCCGCCGCCCCUCGAAGCUGUCCCGGUCCCCUGGAAGAGUGUGGGCCCCAGCAAAAGCCACAGGGAGUCGCCAAGAGGCCUGGCGGAGACCCCUGGAGGGGAGGAGGGCCCUGCAGCCGCCCAACUGGACGUGUUGCGCCUGCGAAGCUCUUCCAUGGAGAUCCGGGAGAAGGGCUCGGAGUUCCUGAAGGAGGAGCUGCACAAAGCCCAGAAGGAGCUGAAGCUGAAGGACGAGGAGUGUGAGCGGCUGUCCAAGGUGCGGGAGCAGCUAGAACGGGAGCUAGAGGAGCUGACGGCCAGCCUGUUCGAGAGCCUGCCUUCUCCCCAGGAAGCCCACAAGAUGGUGCGGGAAGCCAACAUGAAGCAGGCAGCGUCGGAAAAACAGCUGAAGGAGGCGCGGGGCAAGAUCGACAUGCUGCAGGCAGAGGUGAGCGCCUUGAAGACACUGGUCCUCACAUCCACACCAGCCUCUCCCAACCGUGAGCUCCACCCACAGCUGCUGAGCCCCACCAAGGCCGGACCCCGCAAGGGCCACUUGCGUCAUAAGAGCACCAGCAGCACCCUCUGCCCCGCGGUGUGCCCCGCGGCUGGACAUACCCUCACCCCGGACAAGGAGGGCAAAGAGCCUGGGCUGCCCCCCCUCCUCUCCCUGCUCCUCUGCGUGGUCCCCAGCAAAGCUGUUCACCUCACCUACGAGCCGGCCUGGCAGCUCCUGUCUGGGGAGCCGCUCACGGCCCCCACCUCCGCUACCUCUUUCUCCUUUUCCCGACAGGUGGAUACAACUCUGUUCGCAGAGUUCCAGGCCUGGCGAGAAUCGCCCACCCUGGACAAGACCUGCCCCUUCCUCGAAAGGGUGUACCGGGAGGACGUGGGCCCCUGUCUGGACUUCACCAUGCAGGAGCUCUCAGCACUGGUCCGGGCCGCGGUGGAGGACAACACGCUCACCAUUGAGCCGGUGGCUUCGCAGUCGUUGCCCACUGUGAAGGUGGCCACAGUUGAGUGUGGCAGCACCAAUACCUGUGCCCUGAGCGGGCUGGCUCGUGCCUGUCACCACCGAAUCCGGCUUGGGGACUCUGAGAGCCACUACUACAUCUCGCCGUCCUCCCGGGCCAGGAUCACCGCAGUGUGCAACUUCUUCACGUACAUCCGCUACAUCCAGCAAGGCCUGGUGCGGCAGGAAGCGGAGCCGAUGUUUUGGGAGAUCACGAGGCUGCGGAAGGAGAUGUCGCUGGCGAAGCUCGGCUUCUUCCCCCAGGAGGCCUAGGGCAUGGCCCGGGCCUAGAGGGGGGCUCUCAGCAGCAGCUGACCCCUGCCCCAGCACAGACAGACAGGAAGACAGGGUCCUGGAGCCGGCCCUGAGCCAGAAGCUGAGCAGAUGGACAGAUGGCCAGGCUGCGGACGCCUUGCUGAGCUGGUACCAAACCUUUGUCCCAGGACGGACAGGACCUCAUGAGCCGACGCUUCUCCCUUCAUCAGUGGCACACAGCCACCAGCGGACUUUCAAGAAAGCGCCAAAGACCAAGGAGCUUGGACCCAUACUCAGGGGCUCAGCCCUUAGGAGGGGGUACCUGGGGCAGCACCCCCUUUACGGGCCUGGGAGCUGCUGCUUGCAGGUGCCUUGUUGCUGCCAUGUCCUCAGAAAGGGGCCGUGCUGGGUGGCCUGACCUCCAGGGUAUCCCCCCCCCAACCUCUGGUCCCAAGUCCUGGGCCACCAGCACCCCCUGGUGGCCAUCCCUCAUCCAUUCCCAGGUGGCCUCCCUGUCAGACUGCCCCCAGCUGCCACCCCCCCCCCUUCUCCAGUGUCCGCGGGGCGGUGGGGCCACAAGGGGCUGUCAAGGACUUGCACACCAACCUGGAUCUGCUUGAGAACUGCCCCCAAACUGUUCUUAAGAUGGAUCAGGGCCCCUCCUCCUUGCACUUGACCUUCCCCCUCCCGCAUCUGAGCUCUGUGCUCAGGGGGGCCUUGCCCCCACCACCGCUGGAAGGAUUAGGAUACUUUUCUCCCAAAGUAAAACACAGACAGGGCCUCAGGACACCCGUGUCUGUGUUCAGCUGUGGGUGGCCUUUCAGACAAUGGGGGCUGAGGCCGCCAAGCCCUGCACGCAGGACUGGGGUAGGAUGGGCAGGCCCCAGGCCCCUCCUCACCCCUCACAGCCCACUUGGGACUGGGGUCCAACCUGAACACAUCCCUCACCACAGCUGAUUUCCUCCUUUGAAUGGAAUGUAACACGAUCUCUAUUUAAUAAAGGAAGGCUUUGUUGGUA